GCAGGCGAUACUUUUUUGUAUUGUGAAAAAGUAGCUAAGACUAGCUAGAAGAAUAAAUGGAGUUUUUAAAGCAAUUUGAAUCUUAGUUUGUUUUGGGCUGUAGUAUUUGUUAAUUUACAUUAAUUCACAGCUUGAAACCGUUUCAAAUGUGUAGUUUAUCACCCGGUGAGUAGACCAGAGGUGUGGGAAUUCAACCUGUUAGCCUGGCUAACGGUGGCUACUGGCUAGCAAGCUAAACAUUCAGGUGAGUGCCUAAUGUAUUGUCUUUCAUCAGUAUCCCAACAUGGGACCUCUUCUAUUGACGUCUGUGUGAAUGUCAGUAGUUAAUUGGUCCAAUAAUAGCAAUUAUGGGAUUGGGCUGUCAGUAGUUAGCUAGCUAAGUAAAAUCUCAUGAUGCUGUUACCAGAUUUUAUGCAUUUCUUACGUACCUAGCAGCUCGGUAGGUAGCUAGCUCUCUAGCUGUGAUUUGAAAGUAGUGGUGGACCACGUGAACUAUAUAAACUAAUCUGGUCCCCAGCAGGUGCUGGUGAAUGAUGCAGUCCCUAACCCCAGAUGUUGAAGUUCGACUCUCAGUGGGCCAAUGCGUCCGAACUCUCACUACCUCCAAAGAGAAGGAGGAGGUGACCAAAACUCUACACACACUAACCAGUUACCUGGACGAUGGUCCUCAGAGUACAAUCACCUCAGCUCAGCGAGCAGAGUUCAGUCGAGCCCACUACACCCGGACCCUACAGUUUCUCAUCAGUAACAUCAAUGCUGAUUGGCUCCAUCUUCUUACCGUUGCCCAGUGCACAGAAUUGUGGGAUGGUUUGUUCCUCAGAGGUCCUCCAGACCAGACUCUGUUAGUGCUUAUGGAUGGUAUCAGCUCAAUGAGGUGAGAAACAUGUUUGAAUAUGUUAAUAGUGGAUACUUAGUCCUCAAGAAUCCAAGGGGCUUACCCAUACUCAUUCUAACCAUGUCUAAAUGUUAAUAAUGCAAGUCGGUUUUGGAAACCUUUGGAAGUUAACUUAAUAAUUUUACAAAUAUAAAAUAUACACUUACUGUACACCUUUUAAACAGUUGCAGCUGACAGUAUUUUUCAGUUAUAUUUUUCUGGCUUUCUUCCGUUACACAUAGGCGUUCAGAGAUGCUGGAUAGCUAAUGAGAACAGGCGUUUGCCUCUGUUCCGUAAACAAGCUGGAAAGUUGGUGUAACAUGGAAAUAUGGCGGUGUGGGAUUUGUGUUAAAACGAUGUCCAGUAACUGUACCUUUAAAAGAAAUGAAAAAAAAUCUCAAUAAUAUUACAUUUCCAAAACCAUAUUGCAAGUGAGGAUUGUUAAUGUUUAAACAGAGUGUCUGGGCUGUUUACACAUUCCCUGCGACAGCAAGACAGGAAGGUAAAUUGACAUUGAUGCAUUACAAUGCAUUGACAGUCAUUAUAAUGGGCUACUUGAUACUAUAAAGAACUGUGUCUUUACCGCUGGCAACCUGUGUGGUAAUGAUAUACUCAUCCUUUACGUUUCUCUGAUUCUCGCUGUGUGUGUGUGUGUUGUGUGCAUGAAUGUGUGUGAUCGUCUAUCUCAAGCAGCCCCAGUGCAGGUCUGGACCGUUUAGUCAGCAUCCUAGAGCGGUUCCUUCAGAGUGGUCGCCUGACAGUCCUACUGUGGUCCCGCUGUCAGGGGAACGGUCCCUCCGACUCUCCCCAGCUCAGAGAGACUCUGCUGGGUCGCCUGGUGGCUCUGCCUGACCUGACUGCCAACCAGCUGCACCACCACAACAAGACCCUCUUCUUCCCCCAGCAGUACUACCCCCUAUUGGCCAGAGAUAUGCUCACCGUGCUAGAGAGAACCUGUCAAGCUCUGAGAGGUUUGUAUGCCAAUCCAUCAGUUUGUCUACUUUAUCUAAUGCAGAAGAUGGUACAUUUUUACAUAUAGUACAGUACAUUCUGAUUAAGGGCCUAUUCAUGGCUGUUUUAACUUUAACUGUUUUAUCGGAAAUGUAUGUUAUUAUGUGUGUAACUCACUGUCAAUACACUGUUGUUCCCAGAUGGAAAAGACUGCUCCCUGACUUUUGUGGCCCAGACACUGGGGAAGGCCUGUGUUCAGGGACACAGUGGUAAGCAAGGCUGCAAACAGUAUGUGUUCCUCCUGCAUUGAUGAUUGUCAACUGCAACGCUUUCCCAUUGUUUCAUCAGAAAGGUUACAUAAUUGUGUGUCUCUCUCUGCAGGGUUAGUAUUUGGGGUGCUGGCCCCUCGCCUCUCCUCCUGCACGCGUUCAGACAUGGUGUGGCAGAGGGUGUGCUGGAAACUGCUGGAGAACGUCCCAGAGCGGUGGCUGGAGAGCGUGCUCACUGGGCUGGUGCAGGCUGUCAACGGGUGAGGGAUGGAAGAUAGCUAGAAAUUAUCAAAAGGUGUCAAAAACAGACUUUUUAAUACACCGUCUUUGCUCCUCUCUUUCUCUCGUAAUGUAAGUGUUAUUUUUCCCCUAGACCUGAUGCUCUGUCCAGGAUCAUGGGGAACCUGGUGUUGAAGAACAAAAAGGCCCAAUUUGUCAUCACCCAUAAACUGCUUCUGCUCCAAUACAAGUAUGAGGUGAGACGGUGAACUGAUGGUGAACUGGGAAGUCAGUCAUUCAUUCUGUACUAUGAGUCUAGUCAAUCUAUCAUUGUUGGAAAUUGAAAAAGCUUCUGUUAUAGCUGAAGUCUUUAACUUCCUUUCUCCCAGACUCGUGUAUUGAGUAUUAUUCUGGGCUACCUGGCUAAGGACAGGGAGAGAAGGCCACUACUUAUACAGGUGAGUGUACAACGUAUAAGACUUGUGUUGUGAUGAUAUAUGGGUAUUUAUGAUAAUGUUGUUGACUGUGUGUGUGUGUGUCCAGGUGCUGCGGUCACUGUGCCAGGCCUGGGCCAACCCCAGUGCAGUCAGACACACCCCUCUGGAGCAGCAGCUCUAUGUGAGCCGGGCUCUGCUGCUGUGUGUGGGACUACUGAGUGAUGCAGAGCUACAGGCGCUACGCUCGGGUAACACUCCCAACACUACGGCACACGAUCAGUUCUGUUCACACUACUUUCUGACCUGUCCGCCUCUGGGUUUUGUUCAUUUGGGCAUGUAAUAGAAAAUAUUUUCCUACGGAAAACAACAAUGAGCUACUGUUAUAGGACGUGUCCAUGUAGUCCCACCCUGAUUUAGUCUGUUUUCUUCCGUUUGGUGCCUAAUGAACAUGACCCUGAUGUCCUUUCUCCUUCCUCCCUGUCAGAGCUGCUGCAGUGCAUGCUGGGAGGGAUGCAGAGCCACCUGGACAGCAGUGUAGUGCGUGUGAGGCGCAUGGGCAUGGUGGUGGGGGAGUGUCUCAGCUCCCGCAUGGACGUCAACGGAGCCAAGCUCAAAUUCGAGGUACAGUACAGUAUGGCACCUUACCCAAGGUUUUGGGUGCAUCUCAAUAGUCUGAAGUGGCACAAUGUCACUAUAUUCUGUUCUCUGGUCAUUCUGAUCUGAAUAAACUGGACGGGUGAAAACAAAAACCAUAAUGCUUAUCUACUGUUCAGAUCAGUGCAAAUUGAAGAAAGGAGAUAGAGGAAGCCGCUGUAGACUAUUGAGGUGCACCCCUACAGUAGGCUAUGACUGUCUUUUUAUGAGUCCUCUGUAGGACACAGGGAAGGGUGUGUGUUCAUUGGUGUUUCUCCCCCUCAGUAUGAGCAGGAUGAGGAGACCAAGGAGCUGCUCUCACUGAUGACUCCACUGUCUGAUGACGAAACAGAGCUGCUUGAUGACAGAUUGGAUCUUCCUCAAGAGGUCAAAGGGCAGACUGUACCCUGUCAGGCAGUACCAUCCCAGGCUGCUUCCGUGGCCCAGAAAUCAGGAGCUGACCCAGACUCAGAGCUGGAUAGGUAAGAGAUAGCAUUAUCAUAAUCAAACCCAUAACACUCUGUAAUACCUCUUGUUAUACACUACAUGUAUUAACAUAAUGUUGUCUGUGAGACUGAAGUUUUAUAUUUAGAGUCUUCCCAUGUGUGUGUAUGAACCAGUGAUGAUGAGCUCACCCCCUACGAUAUGUCAGCUGACCAGGAGAUGAGCCAAGCUGCCCCGCCUCGCUACCUCCGAGACUGUCUGGAGGGUAAGAUACAGUAUAUACAGUGAGUGAAAAAAGUAUUUGAUCCCCUGCUGAUUUUGUACGUUUGCCCACUGACAAAGAAAUGAUCAGUCUAUAAUUUUAAUGGUAGGUUUUUUUGAACAGUGAGAGACAGAAUAACAACAAAGAAAUCCAGAAAAACGCAUGUCAAAAAUGUUAUAAAUUGAUUAGCAUUUUAAUGAGGGAAAUAACUAUUUGACCCCCUCUCAAUCAGAAAGAUUUCUGGCUCCCAGGUGUCUUUUAUACAGGUAACGAGCUGAGAUUAGGAGCACACUCUUAAAGGGAGUGCUCCUAAUCUCAGCUUGUUACCUGUAUAAAAGACACCUGUCCACAGAAGCAAUCAAUCAAUCAAUCAGAUUCCAAACUCUCCACCAUGGCCAAGACCAAAGAGCUCUCCAAGGAUGUCAGGGACAAGAUUGUAGACCUACACAAGGCUGGAAUGGACUACAAGACCAUCGCCAAGCAGCUUGGUGAGAAGGUGACAACAGUUGGUGCGAUUAUUCGCAAAUGGAAGAAACACAAAAUAACUGUCAAUCUCCCUCGGCCUGGGGCUCCAUGCAAGGUCUUGGGUGAGAACCUCCUUCCCUCAGCCAGGGCAUUGAAAAUGGGUCGUGGAUGGGUAUUCCAGCAUGACAAUUACCCAAAACACACGGCCAAGGCAACAAAGGAGUGGCUCAAGAAGAAGCACAUUAAGGUCCUGGAGUCUCCAGACCUUAAUCCCAUAGAAUAUCUGUGGAGGGAGCUGAAGGUUCGAGUUGCCAAACGUCAGCCUCGAAACCUUAAUGACUUGGAGAAGAUCUGCAAAGAGGAGUGGGACAAAAUCCCUCCUGAGAUGUGUGCAAACCUGGUGGCCAACUACAAGAAACGUCUGACCUCUGUGAUUGCCAACAAGGGUUUUGCCACCAAGUAUUAAGUCAUGUUUUGCAGAGGGGUCAAAUACUUAUUAACCUCAUUAAAAUGCAAAUCAAUUUAUAACAGUUUUGACAUGUGUUUUUCUGGAUUUUUUUGUUGUCAUUCUGUCUCUCACUGUUCAAAUAAACCUACCAUUAACAUUAUAGACUGAUCAUGUCUUGGUCAGUGGGCAAACGUACAAAAUCAGCAGGGGAUCAAAUACUUUUUUCCCUCACUGUAGGUCUCUCCAUGGGUGGGAGAUGGACGAAGCACUGCCGCAAUGCGUUGUAUUUUACAGCAAAAGCGGCAGCAGAAGCUAACUCCUUUGUCGUUCGUCCUCGCCCGCAUGUGCGCGACUGGCUGGGGAACAACGCAUUUACGCUGAUGGCUCUGUGGGGAAACUUGUUUAAACCUGUGUUCACUUAUGCCCUAAAAUUGUAUUUGUUCAUAUGGGAAGAAUGUUGUAUAUGAAUUAGUUUAUAUGGGCAGAAUAAAAAUGCCCUGCAUUCGUUGCCUUCCUUUUAGACAAAAUAAAUAAAACAGGGUUGGGCGAAUAACUUAAAAUGUAAUCCAUAAGCCUUCUAAUACAUUAAUUAAUUUAAUACGUGCACAUAUAAAUACAUUUGAUUUCAACCUUGUAAUAAGUAUUAGGCUAUAGUGAUCGGCACCAAUAGCCUGUGUAAAGUCUAUCAAUAGGCUACCAGUUGCAUUUUUUUGGAUAUGAAAAGGAGAGGGAAAUAUGACUGACCUGCACUGCACAUAGGAAAGUGUCCAGACGACUGUGAGCUGAUUGACCAGUAGGCUAGGUGUGAAUGUUAUCAUCUUAAUACGAAACCCAUCGACCCAUUAUGUGCCUAACUUGCGUGGUUCUUCAAUAGGCUAUUCGUAGGCUAAUCAACCUACUUGUUGGGUGCUCAUUUGGUAUCCAGCUGUUUAGUUAGACCUAGUGAUAUUUUCGACCAUCAUCAGCCGAUCCAGGAAAUGUUUUUCUGAAUGACAGUCAAGUGACAAACAGCUGUUGUGAUAGGCCUAUAGCACGCAAUGCAAAAACAGCCAGUGCGGGAAAACAGUGUUCGGAAGAAUGUCCAGAAUAUUUUGAUGUCUUGUUCAUUGCACCAGUGAAAACAGUUGGAUUCAAUCUAAUACCCCUUCAUUUAUGUUGAUUAUCUGGUUUGUCUGCUGGAUUUACAGCAGGGUCUAGAAGAUUUAACAGAGAAAGCAUCAAGGUAACGAGUUAAUGUUUUCAUAUGUUUCUGUGUGUAGGAUAGGACACUGAGUCUAGGCUACUGUGUGCAAUUGUGUAGGAUAGCCUAGGCUAUUGCACGGAACACCCAAGGUAUUUCCUUUCUGUUAUCCAGGACAUUUAAUGACAACAAAUGAAUAGCCUAGUGGGCUUCUAAACCAAGUGAUUUGGUGAAUUUGAAUGAUGUAAGUCAUGAUGAUGGUAAAAGCCCCAGUAACAGAUUGACUCCAAUCCCUUUCAUCAUAGAGGCUAUUGUUACUUUGUGUCUCUAAAAUCCCAAUGUUUCCAUUUCUAUGUAUUUUCUUAUUUGAAACCAUCAAAUGUCGGCUUUUUAGCAGAUCCAAAUAUUUUCGCAUGAACUGUUUAUAGACACAGUUUCACAUUUGUUGACAAAAGACUCAAAUAGAAACAGGCAAUAGGCUACAGGUUGCUUCACAGUUUCCCCGCCAAAUAGGCCUACAAGGAAACUCGAUGUACUGUAGCUCGGGGGACGGUGACUGCGCAGGGGGUCUGUACGCAGUGUAGUACCUUCCACAAAAAGUUUUGCUUGACAAAAAUACACGUAAGGAGAGAUGGGGCGGCAGGUAGCUUAGCGGUUAAGAGCAUUGGGCCAGUAACCGAAAGGUUGCUGGUUCAAAUCCCCGAGACGGCAAGGUGGAAAGAUUUCCUGUUCUGCCCUUGAGCAAGGCAGUUAACCCACAACAACAACUUCUCCCCGGGCGCCGAUGACGUGGACAUCGAUUAAGGCAGCCCCCCGCACCUCUCUGAUUCAGAGGAUUUGGGUUAAAUGGGGAAGACAUAUUUCGGUUGAAUGCAUUCAGUUGUGCAACUGACUAGGUAUCCCCCUUUCCCAUUUAAACUUACCAAUGCUCUCUUUAUUUUACUAACUUGUUAAAUGAUUGGUCCAUCCAUCCCUCCAUCUCUCCCCAGCCUUCCUCUCCUCUGAGGACCCAGUGAGGGUGGAUCUCAGUCUAAGAGCCAUUGAGGGCUUGGUGAGGAAGAACACCUCUACAGCCCGAGAGGUGAGCGGUCACACACUGUUUACUACAUUCAUAUGAUAAGCAUAUAGUUCCCAUGUUAUAGUUGUUCCCUUAAUGUUUGUCGCUCCUCAGGUCAGUGUUGAGCUGAGCAAGGUGCUGCUGCACAUGGAGGACAGGUACAACACUGUGGGUUUCCUGAGUCUCAGGCAGGCUGCUAUGGUGGCCCUCACUGUCACCGACUCUGUCCCCGUAAGAUAUUUCACCUUAGUCUUAACCGUUUACCUUUUAUAUAAUGGUUUAGUUUCAUACACUGAGUGUACAAAACAUUAGGAACACCUGCUCUUUCCAUGACAUCGACUGACCAGAUGAAUCCAGGUGAAAGCUAUGAUCCCUUAUUGAUGUCAAAUCCACUUCAAGCAGUGUAGAUGAAGGGGAGGAGACAGGUUGAAGAAGGAUUUUUAAGCCUUGAGACAAUUGAAACAUGGAUUGUGUGUGUGCCAUUCAGAGGGUGAAUGGGCAAGACAAACUAUUUAAGUGCCUUUGAACGGGGUAUGGUUUUAGGUGCGAGGCGAACUGGUUUGUGUCAAGAACUGCAACGCUGCUGGGUUUUUCACACUCAACAGUUUCCCGUUUGUAUCAAGAAUGGUCCGCCACCCAAAGGACAUCCAGCCAACUUGACACAACUGUGGGAAGCAAUGGUGUCAACAUGGGCCAGCAUCCCUGUGGAACGCUUUCAACACCUUGUAGAGUCCAUGCCCCUACGAAUUGAGGCUGUUCUGAGGCAAAAGGGGGUGCAACUCAAUAUCAGGAAGGUGUUCCUAAUGUUUUGUACAGUCAGUGUAUAUGACCAAUAUUCACUGCUAAAUGCACCAUGUCCUUUUCGAUUCUCAUCCCUUUCAUUCACAGGUGACUGAGUAUCUGACCACAGAGUUCUACUCCAUGAACUACAGUCUACGACAACGGCUGGAUAUUUUAGAGGUGAAGAGAACACGGUUCCUCCCUAUUAGCUUUUGUGAAUGUAGAAUGCCUUUAUAAAGGCUUCAUAACUAUUUAUUAACUGUUGUCUCCCCGUUGUCAGGUCCUCACUAUGUCUGCCCAGGAGCUCUCUCAACCAAUCACUGACAAAGGAGGUCCAUCCAAGGCCAUUCAGCAGGUUACCAUGGAUACACCUCUUUACCCCGGCGAUGACCCAAUACACUGGCGACAAGUGGUGGAGAGGCGAAUUCAGAGCAAGACCAAACGGCUCAGUAAGGUAGGCUGCAAAACAGUUUCAAUAAAGUUAUUUCUUUGCCUUUUAAUUCCAGUUUGACCGAGUAUUAUUUAAGACUCAAACCAUACAGUAGCUCUAUCUGAUUCCUGAUCAAUGUUAAGAUGGGUACUGUUCUGCCAUCAUUUCAGGGCGUCACUCGCCCCCCAGCCAAGCCCACCCCAAACCGUUAUGCCCCUGUCGCUGGCCACUUCUUCUUCCCUCUGCUCAGAAACUAUGACAGGUUUGUGUGUGUAUGGGUCUCUAGCAAGUGAGUGUGAGGCAAUGAGAGAGUGUGUGUGUGCGCCCUUGCAUGGUGUGUGUGUGUGAUACAGCAUUCUUAAUUUGAAGUACAGUUUAUUUGUGUUACACCUUACAAUAGUAUUUGAGAUCUUGUGUGCAAGUGAACAACAUUGUUGUUCCACUAACAUUCCUCCUUGACCUUGACUCCUAGGCCUCAGGUGACCUUUGACCUGCUGGGCGGUGACCACCUGGUCCUGGGGAGACUGAUCCACACGCUGGGCCUCCUCAUGCACCUAGCAGUCAAUGCUCCGGUAGGCUACAACGCCAUUUAUUCUGGUGUCACCUCAUAAGAUGUCCCCCUUGCUGUGACUAGACUAGUAUUUGACUUAGUGAGGUGUCUGAAACAUGUCCAUUAUUUCCCUACUGCAUAUCCUGGUGUCACCUCAGAAAAUGUCCCCAUUGCUGUGACUUGACUAUGUGAUCGAAUGGGUUGUCUGGUGUUUUGCAGGUGGCCACUCAGAUGGGCAGAGCUCUGUUGGACUUUGUCUGGGCCGUACGCUACCACGUUGACCAGUGAGUAUAUCUAUACACACGUCAUAAAUAGGAAACUGUUUUAGUGUGGGUAGGAAGGGAAGGUCUUUCGUCCGAUUGGUCUAUGGCUUACCCAACCACUGUAUUUCCAACACAGGACGGUGCGGCGAGGAGUCCUAUUUGCUGUCUGCUCCGUCUUUCUGAGCAUGCCCAGUCAGAGUUUGCUGGUGGAGCUCAGUGAUCAGCUGUUUGAGACCAGAGCAUGGCUGGCAGGUGAGAAUACAGGACAGGGCAGAGCAAUAAAGUAUCACUUCUGUUACUAUAUGCAAGAGUUGAGACCAGCCUACCGUAUCUCAACAUACAUGGCAGAGUUGUUCAUUUAGUCUCACCCAGUCAAUUCAGGAAGUACAGUUCAUUGACAUUAGUAGUAGUUUAUUAUGAUUACAUGUAGGCCGUACUUGGCAGCUAGAGCUGAAUUGCAGUACACAGCACAUAUAAGUAGUUUUAAACAAAAACAACUUUGAAAAAUCAGUAAGUCAGAGUUGGACGAUGGUGGAAGAUGGUCAAUCAGUUGGCUGCUGGUAUAAUGGUCUGGGAGAGGUUAGUUUGGGUACCAGCCCGAGUCGCGUCAACUUGCUCUCUGGCCCGAGGUCAUCCUCAGUCCUCCUCAGCUUCUCUGCAGCCACACUGGACUUUGCAGGCGUACUCCUCUACUAAUGUGCAGCACCCACUUGGGUGAUGCUUAAUCUGCCACUGGCGCUAAGAAGCUCACCGUACAUCAGUUAAAAGUAGUGGUCAUCUACGAGUCCUUUGCCAUCUCCGCACUGCAGUCUAUACUUCUCAAAAAUAAUGAUUUGUUGAUGGGUAUUUUUGACCCUACCAUUGGGUUGCUAGCAUGUCACAUUAGCGCUGUAGGUUUUACACACCCUUGAUGGCAUCAUUCAGGGCUGACCUUGGCUUAUGUGUAUUUUAGGGAUGUGCAGAAGAAUGUGGUUAAAAAGAGCACAGUCCAGAUGUUCAUGCAGCUGCUCAGUGUGUGUCAAUCAGAGAUAUCACUUACACACGCACAUACACACACACACACACAGCUGGGGUGAGCAUUGCUGGGAAAUGUAGGGAAUCCAGGAUAUCCUGUCCAACGCAGACUGUCUGUGACGUCAUUCACUCAUCCAUGGGAAUUUCAAUUCUCCCAAGGAUAUUACCAAUAGUCAAGAAGACACAUGUAUGUUAAAAACGUUACAGAAUCAUGAAAACGUUUGAGUUUUCAAUGUGAAUCAACUGUGUUGCAUUUAAAAAAGCCUUGCAUUUAGAAAAUACAUUCUUGUUUUAUUGGUUGAACAGCCUCAUUGCUCCUUAUGGUUAAUUUCUACCUGUUUAUGGUAAUGAUGGUACUCAUGGUCUGACCUGUUGUGCUGUUGACAGAUGUAGCUGAAGGGGACCCUGAUGCAGACUGCAGGAACCUGGCCGUGCAGAGCCUGGUGCUGCUGGAGAAGAGUCUGAAGACUGAACUGAACCCUGCUGCGCUGGGCCUCCAGUCAUGAUCAUGACAUGAUGAUACACAGUGGACCUUGAAGUCCUAUCCCUCUGGUGUACUCAGGGCAACAGACAGCUAGUGUAUUGGUUGUGACUGCCGGUGUAUUGGUAGUGACUGCUUUAGGACACUGGUUGUGACAGGAGUACAAAUUAUGCUUGCCACCAGGAACUGGCUGGCAGGCGGCCCGAGGAUGUGGCGGAUCCUGGACACUGAAGGAUGUCCUUUUAGCUAGAACUGCAGGUGCUGCUGGCCCACCAUAUCCUGAAACGAAUAAAUGCAUGCCAAAGGAAAGAAGUGUGUGUGUGUGUGUGUGGGAAGGAGGAGUGUGGAACAGUGCCACACAUGCACUGAGUGUACAAAACAUUAGG